AUGGGGGAGAUCAGUGGGCUGCAAGGGGGAAUGGGGGAGAGCAGUGGGCUGGAGGGGAGAAUGGGGGAGAGCAGUGGGCUGGAAGGGGAAUGGGGAGAGCAGGGCUGCAAGGGGGGGGAGAGCAGUGGGCUGCAAGGGGAAUGGGGGAGAGCAGUGGGCUGCAAGGGGGAAUGGGGAGAGGUGGGCUGGAAGGGGAAUGGGGAGAGCAGUGGGCUGCAAGGGGGAAUGGGGAGAGCAGUGGGCUGGGAAGCAGUGUCUGAGGGGGAAUGGGGGAGAGCAGUGGGCUGCAAGAGGGAAUGGGGGAGAGCAGUGGGCUGGGGGGAAUGGGGGAGAGCAGUGGGCUGGAGGGGAGAAUGGGGGAGAGCAGUGGUCUGCAAGGGGGAAUGGGGGGACUGCAGUGGGCUGGAGGGGAGAAUGGGGGAGAGCAGUGGGCUGGAGAGGGAAUGGGGAGAGCAGUGGGCUGGAGGGGGAAUGGGGGAGAGCACUGGGCUGGAGGGGAGAAUGGGGAGAGCAGUGGUCUGGAGGGGGAAUGGGGGAGAGCAGUGGGCUGGAGGGGAGAAUGGGGGAGAGCAGUGGUCUGGAGGGGGGAAUGGGGGAGAGCAGUGGGCUGGAGGGGAGAAUGGGGGAGAGCAGUGGUCUGGAGGGGGGAAUGGGGGAGAGCAGUGGGCUGCAAGGGGGGAAUGGGGGAGAGCAGUGGGCUGGAGGGGGAAUGGGGAGAGCAGUGGGCUGCAAGGGGGAAUGGGGGAGAGCAGUGGGCUGGAGGGGGAAUGGGGGAGAGCAGUGGGCUGCAGGGGGAAUGGGGGAGAGCAGUGGGCUGGGGGGGAAUGGGGAGAGCAGUGGGCUGGAGGGGAGAAUGGGGGAGAGCAGUGGGCUGGAGGGGAGAAUGGGGGAGAGCAGUGGGCUGCAAGGGGGAAUGGGGACUGCAGUGGGCUGCAAGGGGGAAUGGGGGAGAGCAGUGGGCUGGGGGGAAUGGGGGAGAGCAGUGGGCUGCAGGGGGGAAUGGGGGAGAGCAGUGGGCUGGAGGGAGGAAUGGGGGGAGAGCAGUGGGCUGGAGGGGGAAUGGGGGAGAGCAGUGGGCUGGAGGGGGAAUGGGGGAGAGCAGUGGGUUGGAGGGGGAAUGGGGGAGAGCAGUGGGCUGGAGGGGGGAUGGGGGAGAGCAGUGGGUUGGAGGGGGAUAGGGGGUGA